CCGAGCAACGGGGAAGCGGCCGAAGUUGGAAGAUAUGCACAAAUAAUGUCGUCGCUGUCUCAUGAGAAGUCUAAAAUUGAUGUACAGAGAAAGAAGGCACCAGGAUCAGCAACGAGUAGCACUACAGCUCCUGCCAUUAAACCAUAUCCAAGGCCCAGUGAUCGACUGAAUCCAAAAACCAUCAAUCCAGGAUUAAGAGAAACAAAACACCCUUACACGUUUGUAGCCAAAGAGGGCUUCAAGGAAUUGCUGGAGGUUGAAGAUGCUGCUGAAAAAGCAAUUCCAUUAGUUCCAAAGGUGGUUCCAAAGUUAAAAGCUGCUCUGGCACAUUCAGACAUUGAGGUAUUUGAGAGGGGAUUACGUGGCUUAGUCCAGCUGAGUGCUGUUGUUGGCCCUGCUGUGAAUGACCAUCUUAAACAUCUGUUGACUAGUCUGUCAAAAAGAUUGAUGGAUAAAAAUUUUAAACAGCUGAUCACAGAUGCUCUGCAAAGACUAGAACAACAUGGCGGAAAGGAUUGCCUGGUCAUUAUUAAAUCCAAAAUUCCUACCUAUUGUUCAAUUUACAAUUGAAAAAAACAACUGCAUUUGGUCAGUAUAUUCAGUAUCCGGAUGGAAACCACAGAUAAAAAGAACAUCUUGCAGGAGCUUUGUCUGAUCAAGUGAAGUACUG